AAUCAUUUAUAAAAAAUUUAAUGUCAAACCAAAUCAAACUCCAAAGUCGUGCAAUCAUUUGUCUGUUAUAUAUACAAAUCCAAUCAUCUUUUUUAAUGAUAAGAACAGAUUUGAUUGAAUUUAUAAACUAAUUUUCGCAUCCUCUUCUAUCCAAUUCCAGCCAGCGGCACUGAGAGGGUUAUCACCCAUCUUUAGAGAAGGAGACAUGGUUGAUAAACAAAUUGACAGUAAAGAUGAGGAAACUUUGCAGAAUGAAGAUGAGAGUAGAUCUCUUCAGAUAAAGUUUCUGUUUUUCGCCCGUGCUAGAGAUCUGACCGGCAUGACUGAAAUGCCAUUGGAAGUUUCUUAUGGUAGUACUGCCGGUGAUUGCUUGAAUAAGGUCAUUUCUCGCUUCCCCCGCUUGGAAGAGAUUCGUGGGUGCAUGCUUCUGGCCCGGAAUGAGGAAUACACACCUGAGUCCACCACGGUCAAAGAUGGAGAUGAAUUGGCCAUUAUACCACCUAUUAGUGGAGGCUAAUUCAGUUUCUGAACAGCAAAUAUAGGGAAGGCAAACUCUGUUAUACUAAUGUAAUCAUUUUACAAAUAAGAACAAAAUUCUUUCACUUUAUGUUGUGUUAGAACCAUUGAACUUUCAAUCUAUUGGAUCGACCCCCUUGAUCUUCUGUUAUGGAA